GGGUUCUCCGGGUUCGGGGUCCGCCCUAGUGCGGGAGAUGGGCGGAAUGAGCGCCCUGGCAAGGGCGGAGCGAAGUCCGGAGGCUUCUUUAUCCUCGGUCCGCCGACCCCGGGCUCCAUUCCCUGGAGGCUGCAAUCAUGAUGUGGCUGUGGGCUGCGCUGGCGGUGGGGGUCGCGCUGCUCGUGACCAGGGUCCGGCGGUUCUUCGUGGGCAGCGGCCCGAACCCCUUCACCAACGACACGAGGAGGCCUCUUGAGCCACUGGUGACCGACCGGGAGACCCGCAAGAAGGUUCUCAAGCAAGCUUUCUCAGCCGGCCGAGUGCCAGAGCACCUGGAUGCUGUGGUGAUUGGGAGUGGCAUUGGAGGCCUGGCGACAGCGGCCAUCCUUUCCAAAGCAGGAAAGCGAGUCCUGGUAUUGGAACAGCACAGCAAGGCAGGCGGCUGCUGCCACACCUUUGGCCAUAAGGGUCUGGAGUUUGACACAGGAAUCCACUAUGUUGGGCAGUUGAAAGAGGGCAGCUUUAACCGCUUCCUUCUGGACCAGAUCACCGACGGGCAGCUGGACUGGGCUCCCUUGGAUUCGGCCUUCGAUGUCGUGGUGCUGGAGGGACCCAACGGCAGAAAGGAGUUCCCCAUGUACUCUGGGGAGAAAGCCUACGUUCAGGGCCUCAAGGAAAAGUUUCCUGAUGAAGAAGCCGCCAUAGACAAGUACAUGAAGAUGGUGAAGGAGGUAGCAAGAGGAUCCUCUCACAUGAUCCUGUUGAAGAUCCUCCCUUUGCCAGUGGUGAAGCUGCUGGACAAGUUGGGGGUGCUGGCCUUUUUCUCCCCUUUCUUGAGAGCAGCCACCCAGAGCUUGGCAGAGGUGCUCAACCAGCUGCCGGCCUCCCAGGAACUCAAAGCUGUGCUCAGCUACAUCUAUCCCACCUAUGGUGUUCCCCCAAAGAACUCCAGUUUCUCUAUGCAUGCCUUACUUGUCUACCACUACCUGCGUGGAGCCUUUUACCCUCGGGGAGGCUCCAGUGAAAUUGCUUUCCACCUCAUCCCGGUGAUUCAGAAGGCUGGGGGUGCAGUCCUUGCUAGGGCAGCAGUGGAGAGUGUGCUGCUGGAUUCGGCUGGAAGAGCCUGCGGCGUCAGUGUGAGGAAGGGUCACGAGCUGGUGAAUGUCUACUCUCCCAUUGUGAUCUCCGGCGCAGGACUGUUUAAUACCUACGAGCACCUGCUUCCCAAGAAGGCCCGCUCUUUGCCAGGUGUACAGACACAGUUAGGAAUGGUGCAGCAUGGCCUGUCUGUACUUUCCAUCUUCGUCUGCCUCCGGGGCUCCAAGAGUGACCUGGGCCUGGAAGCCAAGAACUAUUUUGUCUACUUUGACACAGACCUGGACAAGGCGAUGGAGAGCUACCUGUCCCUACCCAGGGAGAAGGCUGUGGCACACAUUCCCUUUUUAUUCAUAACCUCAGCAUCAGCCAAAGAUCCAACGUGGAAGGACAGGUUCCCAGACCGAUCCACACUGAUUAUCAUGCUGCCUGCCCGCUACGAGUGGUUUGAAGAGUGGAAGGAUGAGCCCCAGGGCAAGAGGGGUCAUGGCUAUGACCUCAUGAAGGAUUCCUUUGUAGAAGCUCCCUUGUCUAUUCUGAUGAAACUUUUCCCUCAGUUGGAUGGAAAGGUGGACUGUGUUUCAGUGGGAUCUCCCCUGAGCAAUCAGUUCUUCCUGGGUUCCCCCCGUGGAGAGGCGUAUGGGGCCGACCAUGACCUGAGCCGUCUACAACCCCGUGUAUUGGCUGCAAUGCGGACCCAGAGCCCCAUCCCCAAUCUCUACCUGACAGGGCAGGACGUGUUCAUUUGUGGGUUUUUUGGGGCCCUCUUUGGGGCCAUAAUGUGCAGCAGCACCAUCCUGCAGAGAAACGUGUACAAGGACCUCCUGCAACUCUGGUCUCAGAGCUCAGCUGGCCUGUCCAAAAAGGUGAAGUAGCACAGCCCAAGUCAAGGGAGUGCUUGGUCCCAAGUGAGCCUGAGAGACCAGGGAAGAUGCCAGGAUCCUUGACCUUUAUAACCUGUAAUGGAACCCAAUACCUACCACACUGUGCCUUGUGGGAAAGAGUAGCCACUCAAUAAAUAAUAAUAACUUCAA